GGCGCUGAUGGUGGAACAUGGGUUAAAUUGUCGAGUUAAAUUAUUCAAGAGGAUAAUAUAGGUAUAUUUUCGGGAACUCAGCUCAGCUGCUGUUGCUGGUCUGAGUGUCAUUCAAGAAGUUUGACAGCCCUUGAGUUGGAACUGACUGAAGAAGACAACAUCCUAGGCUAGUUCCAUCUUCAACUCUGGAAUCAAAGUCAUCUAGUCACCCGCACUCAUGGAGAACACAAAAGAAGAGGGUAAGAACAAAGAGGAAAAGAGAAGCCCUGGCCCCGGUUAUGUGUGAGGUGUGCGGGACCUACUUCGAGACGCGGCGGGGUCUCUCCAGUCACGCCAGACUCCACCUCCGUCAGCUCGGUGUGGCUGUCUCGGACAACAGCGGAGCUCCCAUUGACUUACUCUACCAGCUGAUUCAGGACAGGGACGGUUCCAUGCACCCACCCAAACCCGUCUACUCUUCACCCAAAAAACCCAAGGGGUCAGGGACACUCAUCUCCCAGAAGGAGUCCCCUCUCGGGGGUAGGGUCAAAGUAGUGACAACUCCACAGAAUAAUAUAUCCAAGGUAGCUCGUAAAGGGACAGUUUUGGCCAAGCCUCGGCAGUCUUCCAUGUCGUCGUUCCUAACAGCAGGCAAGACACCAUCGGCCUCAGGGGGAGCGAGCCUGGCCUCGGCCAAGCCUGCCUGGGCACCGCAGGAGACAGAUGCCCCUCUCACCCUGGCGAUGGACACCAAUGACGAGGUGCAUGUGUGCCAAUUGUGCGGCGCCUGGUAUGAGUCCCGCAAAGGCCUGGCCAGUCACUGCCGGGCCCACUUGCGCCAGUUCGGCAUCACCGAGAACACAGAGACGAAAGGAGGACCAAUAGAAUUUCUCUACCAGAUCAUGGAAGCAGAAGACCUCCAACCUAUAGCAAGUGAAGGUCUCAACGUCUAUAACCCUUCUAUGUCUUCUAACUCUAACAAACGACCCUCCGGCUCUGGUUCGUCCACAUCGCCUGCUAGACAUAAAGGAUCCCCCUCCUCCUCCCUUCACCAGCCUCCCUCCAACAAACGGCCCAAGCCCUCCGCGUCAGAAGGAACCGCUCCACAGGAUCAUAGGCUCAGCACGGGUGAGUUCACCUGUGUCUUGUGCGGUGAGGAGUUUGAGAACCGCAAAGGCCUAGCAAGCCACUCCCGCUCUCACCUGCGCCAACUCGGUGUCACCGACCUCCUGGGCAAGGCGUCGGCCAUCGACACGGUCCAGCAGCUGGUCAGCAGCGGCGUGCUUGCGGCUGCUGCAUCGGUACGACCCAGUAACACCACCACCAAGACCCCUUCUAGAUCCCCAGCUAACGCCCACCUCAGCCCCCUGGCCUCCAGCCACAAUCCCAGGUCCAAGGCCAAGAAGGGCUCCAUCCUGGUCUAUCCCAAGCCGGAGCCCCUGGAGAUGGAGCUGGGUGUGGGGUUCUCCAGUCCGCUUGGGGGGUACAGCAGCAGUAAUGGAUCUCAGGGUUCUCAGAAGUGGGCCAAAAAUGGCCAGUCCUUCAACUCCGGUUCAGACCAGGAGCUCAUGAUCACCUGUGAAUUCUGUGGCCAGUUCUUUGACAGCCGCAAGGCCCUGUCCUGCCACGCCCGCUCCCACCUGCGCCAGCUGGGAGUCAUGUGGUCUGUCAACGAGUCGCCCAUCGACCUGUUGAGGGACAUCCUGCUGAAGGAGGGAAGUGCCACUGCCACCCAGGUCAAGAGGGAGCCAUCGUCCUCUCACUCCAGCGCCGACCCGACCUGGGCCAAUCACAGGAGGUCCUCGGAGCCUUCGUGGGCUCCCCAGGGAUCUAAGAGGACUUUCACCCCUCCACUGGACUACUCCCUCAACGACAAGCCUUUCCCUGAGAAGAAUGGAUCCUCUCAGUCUGGUAAACUAACUGUGCUCACGCCUGACCAGCAGAUCUCAGCCAGGUUAUUUGUGGCAGGCAACUGUUUUCCAUUGCAACUGUGAUGGCAAUUGUAUUUAGCAGGAGCUCUUUCCAAAGGUGACUGAUUCCAUUAUUAGUAAAAAAAUAUAUAUAUAAUAAAAAUCAACUCU